UACAAAUUAAUGUGAUAGGUAGAGAGAGUUGAAUCAGGCGCUUCACCCCAGAUUUGGCAUCCCCAUCGAGAACAAAAAAGAAAAGAAAAAGGAAAAACAUAAUCAUCCACUGAAAAAUCGGAUCGAAAUGGUGUUCAACAGCCCUGCAAUCGUAGCGGUGGCCAAGCUGUCGGCGAAUGCGUGCCAAUACAUAGCGUGCAAUCCGGAGCGGCUCAGCGCCGAUCAAGUGCUCAAUCUCCUCUUCUGCUUUCCCUUUCGCCACCUCCGCCGCCUCGCCUUCUGCAUCUGGACCUUCUUCUGCUUCCCCCUUCCCACCAACCCUUAUCUCUCCUCUUCUUCUUCUUCCUCCUCUUCCCAAUCCGAUCUUGACCCCGAUCUACACUCCGAUUGAAUUCUCAUGAUCUGCUCAAAAAGGAGAGGGCGAAAACUAGUAGAAUAACAGAAAAAAGGUCAUUCGUCCUUUUGUUGUAUUUACUCGAUCUAUAUAGGAGACUAUGUAAAGUUAGAAAUUUUCUUCUUCGAAAUAUAUAAUUUGCGUUGAUGGAUGGAUGUUGCUAUUGCUAAUAUUUGAAAUUUGACAAUCAAGAUUGUAUUUUGGCCACUCUGUUGUGAUAAUUGUAUAAAUUUGGUGUUGGAGAUGUGGCGUCUGGCAAUAACAAUGAUAAUGAUAUGAUUAACACGCACUGGUGUUUAUUAGAACCACUGAAUUCACAUUUUGUAAUCCUUGAUCAAAUUAUAUGUUACUCAAUUUAUAUUUAUACCGUCUGUUGUUAGUACUUAAUUGAAAUGGGACUCUGUUGUGAACAUUCAUCAGCAACCAUGUGGAGUGGAGUUCCCUUUUUUUAAGCUCCAUAAUUCCCAUACCUAGAUAAUGGAGUUGGGCCAUUUUGUGAUGUCGGAUGUAAAUGAAAUUUGCUGCUUGUAGCUUGUGAUUGUCAUUCCUUAGGUUCAAUCCCACUUUCAAAGAUGGUAAAAUUGUGUUGCUGAAUGACUGAGUUGAUUAAGAGAAAUGCAAAUACAUAACUGGAAAUACUGUAGAGAAAAAUAGCCUGGUUUUUACUACUAGAAUCGCUAUGAUUAUUAAUCAAUCAAUAACUGACAGAGGAGGGUAGCGAAGCCUUGCUUUUUCAACACAUCAUCAAUUUCAUUUAAUUAAUCUAACUAAGUCAAUAUAUGGGAAGAAGAGUGUUCUAGAUUAAUCACUCACUCACCCACCCUCUUUUCCUCUACCUUCCCCCCUCAUCAAUCUCUCAUUGGCACCAUCGCCAUGGCCGACCAAUCCCAGGUUUCGCAUCAUAACGAAGAAGUCAAUCUUUCUCAACUCUUCCAUGAUCAUCAGUUAAAGGCAACCAGGCUUCCCCCUAUCGAGGAGGUUAGGACACUCCUUCAUCACAGUGUCCGGGGAUUUCUCUCCUCCUUGUCUCAGGAGCACCAUGGUUAUCCAUUCGGGUCCAUGGUUGACUUUGCUUGUGAUGCUUACGGAUCUCCCAUAGUUGCUGUUAGUAACUUAGCAGCUCAUACAAAGAACCUUGUAGCCAAUCCAAAAUGCUCAUUGCUUGUGGCAAAAGAUCCCGAUGACAGGUCUGACCUUAUUGUUACGAUUCAGGGAGAUGCUCUCCCAGUUGAUCACAGCAAUAUGGAAGCUAUUCGGACUGCAUACAUGACUAAGCAUCCAGAUGCAUUCUGGGUGGACUUCAGCGACUUCCAGUUCUUGCUCAUUGAACCUAAAGUUGUACAAUAUGUCGCAGGUGUCGCGACAGUUUCACAAGCAUCUGGAGAAUUCAGCAACGAGGAGUUUAGAACUGCAAAAGUGGAUCCUAUAUAUCAAUUUUCAAAGCCUAUAACAUCUCACAUGAAUAAGGAUCAUGCAGAUGACACAAAGCUGAUUGUGCAGCACUCUACGUCCAUACCGGUGGAAUUUGCAACCAUGUUGGACGUAGACAGUCUUGGUUUCACUGUGAAGGCUGGCUAUGAAGGCAAAACAUUCAAGCUUCGAAUCCCUUUUACUAGGCGUGCAACAGAGAGAAAGGACGUGAAGACUCUUAUUAUAGAAAUGCUGCAAGCAGCCAAACAACAGAUCAAUUGAGACAAACCUUUUAUAGUAAUAUUGAUUUAUUAGUCCUAUUUUGUGAACUUAAUUAUGUUGUAAAGAAAGAGAGUUUUUACUCUCUUUAACUUCAUCAUUUCUCAUCUGGUCAGGGGUUUGGUUGACAUUUCGGCUUAUAA